CAUGAUUCAUAUUACCUUUCAUGUAGCUUAAUGAUGUGUCUCUGAUAAACCUUACACACUUAUAUGAUGAAAAGGUUUCUGUAGAUUAUAAGUGAGUCAAGAAGACAAACCUACAUGUGCUGCUAUCUUAGUCACAUUGUAUUCAAAGGUGUUUUAACUUUGUAUUGUCUUCUGUCCUUUUCAUAUUUUGAAUGUUUAUUGGUUUUUAUCUGUACAGUAUUUUGUCACAGCUACUGUUUUAAAGUGUUUUAUAAAUAAAAUAAUAGUAAUGGUAAUUUAGAUUUAAAAUUACCUUGUAAUUUUUACCAUGCCGUUUCUAAUGACUGGAAGUAAUAUUUGGAGUAAGACUUCCAACAAAUCCAGCACUCAUUUAGUGCUCAAAAGUAAAACCAGCAUAGAAAAAGUACAGUAUGCACCUACCACUUUUCUGAAAAUGUCCUUUACAGCAGCCACGUACUGGUAAUCAUAUUCACUUCAAAUAAAUCAACAGUAAAUCUGCCCAGCUCUAUAAAAGCAUACGAGUCAUGGCAGUUUGCUCUCUGAAACAGACAUAUUUAAUUCAGGAUGCAAGGACAGCAGCGUGUACGCUGAAAGGCAAUUGUUUCUGUCCUUCAAGAGAUGCAAUGCGGCAAAAAAAAAUACUUCCAGUCAGAUUUGCUCAGUUAUUGUUUCACGUCACACUUUAAAUGCUUUGGAUUAUCAAAAGAAAAUUAUCUUCAGAUAUUCUGACUAAAUGACAAUUUAGAGAAAAAAAAAAAAAAAAAAAAAAAAACAUGCAGCAAAGAUUUGUGGAUGACAUGGCUGGCCACUAAUUUUUCUCUAACAUGAAACCAUAAAAGCAGACUUUCAGACAUCAGUUCAUGACCUUAAACUCAAACAUACUGUCACAGUGUUUCAAAUAAAUGAAGAUUUUGGAGAGGCCUAGUCAAAGUCCAAACUUAAAUUUAAUUUUGCAUGCUGUGACAUAAUCUUGAACAGGAUGUUCAUGUCCAAAACCUGUCCAGUGUGGUCAAAAUUAUACAAUUCCAUAAAGAGAACUUUGAAAAUCAUCCUACAAGUGAAUGUGUGGGAAACAAUAGUUCAUGUCUCUAACUGGUCAUUUGUUCUGAUGACUGGUUUAACAUGUCUGUCUAUUUUUGGCAUUUCAGGUUGUCCAUCACAGGAGCCUGGUAAGCAUCUUGGACACUUUAACAAGCUUAACCAGUUUGGUUCUGUCUUCUGACAUGCAAAACAUUAAACAGACAAUGUAAUGUUAGCUCUCUCUUUAAAACAAAAAAUAAAUAAAAAGAAUAGUUAAUUUUAUAAGUUGGGCCUUUAAGUUAAUGAACAUUUUGCUUUUGCUUUCUAUUAGAAUUGCUUUACAAAAAUCCAGCGCUAGAGUAAGUUUUUUAAAUAACCGUACAAAAAUAGUUCAACACUGAAGGAAAGAAAAGGAGAGAAGGAAGAGGGAAGGGGAAAAAAAACUGUGUAAAAAAGAAAACAAAAAAAUCGGAGAAGUCAUGUAAGCUUUGCAAAAUGUAUGUAAUAUCAAUGUAUGUAUGAUCUCCUGAUAAACAAAUAAAUGAUACACAGAGAAAAAAAAAAUGGUUCAACACUGAAAUAAUGAUCACACCCAUUUCUCAUGAAACUAACAGUAGAAAAACGGAGUCGUGUCAAACGACGAGGCGUCGUUUAACACUUCCUCCACCUUCACUCGUCUCAGCUUUUGUCUCUUCUCGGUUUUCCCCAGCGUGUGGCAAAGCAGCUGGAAGCAAGACGCGAAUCAUUGGGGGUGAAGAUGCCCAGCUGGGGGACUGGCCCUGGCAGGUAUAUUUUACUACCGAUUAUUCCUACUGUGGAGGGUCGCUGAUAAGCAAUGAAUGGGUGCUAACAGCUGCUCACUGCAUAACAAGAGACGACCUCAACCACACAGAAGUCCAAAUUGGUGUUGUACAACUAGAUGCCGCUUCCAACUCGACUAAAGUGACUCGAAGACUCUCUGAAAUCAUCUGCCAUCCUGAGUACGACUCUUCGACAUCUGAAAAUGACAUCUGUCUUCUGAAGCUUUCGGCUCCCGUUGACUUUACUCCCUACAUCCAGCCGAUCUGCUUGGCCUCAGAGAACAGCACUUUCCAUGAUGGCCUGGCCAGCUGGGUCACUGGUUUUGGCAAAACUGAAACCCGGCAUAUUGGAACUGGAUUACAUUCAAACACUCUGCAGGAAGUGGAGGUGCCAAUAGUUGGAAACAACAGAUGCAUGUGCUACUACUCCGAAACAUUCAUGAUACAUCUUCUUUUCAAUCCUGAGCUAAACCCAAGUAACUACAUUUGUGCUGGAUUUGAAGAGGGAGGAAAGGACUCUUGUCAGGGAGAUUCGGGCGGACCGCUGAUGGUUCAACUCCAGAAUAGUUCUCAGUGGGUCCAGGCUGGAGUUGUGAGCUUUGGUGAGGGAUGCGCUCUUCCAAUGAAACCGGGCGUCUACACCCGAGUGUCCCAGUACCAGAGCUGGAUCAGCAACACAGUCACUGGCAUGGAGCCAGGCUUUGUUACCUUCACCUCGCCUGGCAUCGACAGCGACCUCCACUUCACCUGUACUACUACUACUACUACUACUACUACUACUACUACUACUACUACUACUACUGCCACCACCACUACCACCACCCACACCACCACUCCCAGUAUGACCACUGAUGACAGUAUUUUUGGCAGUGGGGGAACCCUGAGCCACUUCACUCACUUCAUGGGAAUUGCCAUUCUUGCUCUGUUCCUUCAUUUCCUUGUGGGCGGAGCUUGGAAGUAAAUGUUUUACUGAGGAUUAUGCAAUGCAUAGAUGGGAAAAGGGUUAUGCUUUAUAUUUCACUACAGUAUAAAAUAUGUGCUUCUAAACACAGUGCAAGUUUUAAAAUUAAAGAAUUAUUUGUCUUUUGAGCAGUUAACUAAAUUCAUUUUGAAUAGUCUUGCUCUUAAUAUGAUGCUAAGUAACGUGGGGUUAAUCUGAUCUUACAGGAAUAUUGUGAUAUGUAUUGCCAAUCAAGCAAUAAAAAUGAUCAAAUAUUGUGACAUUAGACACCAUGUGUGAGCCAAUUUUUAAAAAUCUGAUCUAUUUUUAAUCCGUUUUAAACAAUUCUUUAACGAGUGAAUUUUGGAUUGUGUUUUUAUUGCACUUAUAUCCAUGGCAGAAACAUUUUACCAUUGUUUUAUGAAGUUUGAAAUUUACCAGUAAUGACUGUUCCCGUUUCAGCUUUGCCCUUUCAACUUCAACUAAGUACGGAUUAAAGCCUGUUUGUUUAA